GUGUCUCCGGUUAAAACCGACAAUCUUCCGGGACUCAAACAUCUGCGGCGGUUCACUCUGCUACAGAAAUAUUUGUCGUACUCUGGUUCACGGGUGACUUAUUAAACUUUAGCAAAGUAAACUGAGGUUUCGCCAUGUCCUCGGUCGAGGUUUCUGAAGGCUCGGUUCUGCUGGAGCUCUGCGGGGACCGGCCGCUGUUCUACCGAGAGGCGCUUCCGCCGAGCGGUGCCGCCAGCCUCUGCGUGCUGCUGCUGCACGGCAUCCGGUUCUCGUCGGAAAACUGGCUGAAGAUCGGGACUCUGCAGAGUUUAGCCGCCGCGGGUUACCGAGCUGUAGCCAUCGACCUGCCAGGUUUGGGUCAGUCUAAGGCGGCCCCGGCCCCGGCUCCAGUGGGUCAGCCGGCUCCAGGUGCGUUCCUCAGGCAGGUGUGUGAGGCUCUGCAGACCGGCCCCGUGGUGAUCGUCAGCCCGUCUCUCAGCGGCAUGUACUCGCUGCCCUUCCUCUUCCAGCACUCGGAGCAGGUCAGGGCCUACAUCCCCGUCGCUCCCAUCUGCACAGAGAAGUUCACAGCGGAGCAGUACGGCAGCAUACAGACUCCAGCUCUUAUAGUUUACGGAGACCAGGACACUCAGCUCGGGGAAGCAUCGCUGGGCAAUCUGAAGAAUCUGCCCAAUCACAAAGUGGUGGUAAUGAAGGGGCCGGGGCAUCCUUGUUACCUUGACGAUCCAGAGACCUGGCACAAGGCGGUCCUGGACUUCCUACAGUUCUUGUGAUCACGUAAAAGCUAAUAGCGUACUAAUCUAAACAUUAAUAACAUUGCUGCUCAUUUCAUAAUGUCAAAACUCUAUGCAACUCUGCUUAAAUCGGCUUUUUGUAUUUGAAAUGCUUUUCAUUUUCAGGACCAAGAGUUUAGAUGAAAUGCUGUUUGAAACUCAGUUUCUGCACGUCUGAAUCAAUGAGAAAAUAACAGGAUGGGACUUGAUUUUGUUAAAAACACAAUAGAGACAUUUUUUUUAAAUUGUGAGCAAGGAACAACUGUUCAAAAUCAAUAACAAAAAUCACGUAUAAGCGUAAAUCUGGUAUUUUCUUUUUAAAAAUCAGAAAUGGAUGCACUUUUUCCACUAUUUUUAGUACUAUUUUGCUUUCAAAAGAGAUAAACAAAAAUGAUUAAAUGUACUUUAAGAAAGCUUUAAUAAUAUUUAAUAAUAUGUAUUAUGAUGCUGCACAUGGUAAAAUCGGGGACCAAUGUCAUCAAAUCACAUUUUCGUGUUUAAGCAUCUCUGCGACGUAGACUGCAUGAGAAAAAUAACCACUACACAAUGCACUGAAGUGAAAAAUAUGAACAUUAUUUAAUAACUGAUUCUCUGUAAUAAACAAUUUGAAAAUA